CGAAUCUACGAGCAGUUUACCUUACCAAAACAUUGAUUUCAAAGAUAUUCAUUAACCAGUUUUGACAAACACGAUAUUUUAGCGCUCAAUAAGAACAACAAGAAAAAUAAGACAACAACAACAAGUUUCGCGUGCGUCUCUGUUUAUAUAAUAUAAUUAACCACCACAGGAGGGCAGCACUGGUUUUGAUUGAAGACGUUGAGGAAGAUAAGCCACAACCGUGCUGACUGCUGGUAUCCUGAUCGGACACUACGGCAUCGAGAAGAGUAGCAGCUCCACGGCAUCCUGGGUGAAAGAUGUGGCCAAAGAUGUGGACGAGAAGAUGGUGGAGGAGUUCUUGUCUGAGGUGGACAACAUGCACAUUCAGGAGAACCUUAGGGAGUUGACUAAAGUGCCUCACAUGGCCACCACAGCUGGAGAUGAGCAAACAGUGCAGUUGAUGCUGAAAAGAUGGCAAGAUCCUGAAAGUGGUCUGGAUUGGGCCUGGAGAGAGGAAUACAUGGUUUAUCUGUCCUUCCCUGAUCCCAGCAGGCCCAAUAAGGUCACUGUGGUCAACGCCUCCAAUAGUAUCAUGCACACAGUCAGAGAGAAAGAGAAGGCUUACACUUUGGACCAAAAUGAUCCGACUGUGGUUCAACCUUACGCUGCUUACUCUCCUGCUGGGCACCCUCAGGGGAAACUGGUGUACGCAAACUAUGGGAGAGUAGGUGACUACAAGCUACUGAACCAGACACUGGACCUCAGAGGCACCAUCGCCAUCACAAGAUACGGUGGGGCGGGAAGAGCAGCCAAAGCCAUCAACGCAGCCCCUUAUGGUGUCAUUGGCGUGCUUGUCUACACCGACCCUUGGGACAUUAAUGAUGGUCUCAUGUCAGACACCAAUGAAACAUACCCACAUUCCUGGUACAUGCCACCUUCCGGUGUGGAGAGAGGCUCAUUUAAUUCUCACUACGGAGACCUGCUCACUCCUUAUUUUGCUGCCAAAGAGGAUACAUACAGAAUUCCGGCGAAGAACAUUACAGGGCUCCCUCCCAUUCCUAUUCAACCAAUCGGCUUUGAGGAUGCUUACAUAUUAAUCUGUGAGCUGGAUGGAGCACAAGCUCCACAAGCAUGGCAGGGAAGUUUUAACUGCACCUACAACUUCGGUGGUCCGGGUUUUAGGCCCACUUCUGCCUUCAACAACAGUGAUGUGAAGUUGGACAUCUUCAACUACGAGGAGGUGAAGAACUCCUCCAAUGUGAUGGGAGUCAUCAGAGGCAGUGUGGAGCCAGAUAGAUACGUGAUCUAUGGAAACCACAGAGACAGUUGGGUUCACGGUGCUAUCGACCCGAGCAGUGGGACGUCUGUCAUGCUGGAACUAACACGGGUUCUUGGCAAGAAGGUCAAGCAAGGGAAGUGGCGGCCUCGCAGGUCAAUUAUAUUUGGAAGCUGGGGAGCGGAAGAGUUUGGCCUCAUUGGGUCGGCAGAAUACACAGAGCAAUACUUCACCAAGCUCAGUGAACGCACCGUAGCUUACAUCAACGUGGAUAUAGCCGUUUUUGCCAACACCUCUCUCCGAGCAUCGGGAAUGCCAUCAUUACAGAACGUCAUCUUCACAGCUGCUAAACAGGUAAAGGCGCCCGGGCAGGACUCAAUGUCAGUGUAUGAUAAGUGGAUCCAGUAUUCUAACAGAACUAGCCCCGUCUAUGGACCUAUUCCUUGGAUGGGGUACCUGACAGGAGCUGGGAGUGAUUAUGCCCCCUUUGUCCAUCACUUGGGAAUCACUUCCGUGGACCUUUCAUACACUUAUGACAGGACUAAAACAAAUGCCAGGAUUUAUCCAGCAUACCACACAGCGUACGACACCUACGACUAUGCCUCGAGAUUCAUUGAUCCCGGGUUCUACACACAUCAGGCCGUCGCCAGAACUGCAGGGAGCAUCCUGGUUCGACUGGCUGACAGUCUGGUGUUGCCUUUGAACUGCAGUGACUAUGCUGAGAGUUUGGAGGACUACCUUGACUUAGCACUGAAACUGUAUGAAACAGAACUACGUGCUAAGAAUAUCUCCAUGGAACCGUUAAAGCGAGCAGUUGCCAGCUACCGCAGUGCUGCUACCCGUUUAGAUCAAGUCAUUGGAAGCUCAGAUUUGGCGAAUGAAACGCCACUGAAAGUGCGGAAGAUCAAUGAUCAGCUUAUGUUGCAGGAACGGGCUUUCUUGAACCCUCUGGCAUUCCCAAAUAAAUAUGGAUACAGGCAUGUUAUAUGGGCCUCAAGCGACACCGGCGCAAGGACCUUCCCUGGUUUAAGUGACGCCUGCUCCAGAGCCAUGUCGUCGGGAAAACCUAACGCCUGGGCUAAAGUACAUUACCAUGUGUCAGUAGUCAGCCAGGCCAUAGAGGGCGCCGCACACAUGAUGCUCGAUGUUAUAUAGACAAAGAACCAACAACUGUCAUGUGAGCUCUCACAAAUGCAAAACGUUCUCUGCAUUUUGUGUGUCUUUUUGUAUUUUUCCAUUGAAUUCCAUGAUUAUAUUUCAGGGAUUUAAACGUUUGAAAGCCAGUAUGUUUACAUGGUAUCAUUUUUUAUAUUGAAAAACAUCCAAAACCUUUUAUAAUGAGAAGAAAAACGCAACCCAAUCCAGAAAACCCUACAGUCACACACAUUUUUAUUCAGAAUGUAAAUCCCUUUGUGGUAGACAAUUUGAUAAGCAUCUACAUCCAUGAGUAGUAGCAAGAGGCAGGGAGUACUUUCAAUGUUAGUGCAGAGCUGUCAACAUAUACACAUUUAUAGUACUCAACAUGCAAUUUGACUCUUGAAUAUGUGUCUAUGUUCUCCAAUCUGUUGCAUUUUCCUGGCAACGUGUUGCACUUUGUUCAACGGUCCUUGAAUGCACCAUCUGUGAGAAUACAUAAAGAUAAGAUCUGACGACCGUGUUGACUGCUAGUGUGUGUAGUUGUACGGUGCACUUCUCUGAAAAACUAACUCUAGUCUCGUACUGAUGGAUGGUGGGUCUGUAUUCAUUUCCUGCUUUUAAAUUGAUGUCGUCCCUGUUUUAGUUUUACACAAUAAAUAGAAACACACAUUCAUUAUUUUGGUAAAAAGGCUCUUGUGCAGAAAACAGUAAAAAAGUGUGAUUUUGCUGCAUGCUUUGAAUGGGCAAAAGUAUGCCAUCUGGUGGACGGGAUCAUUCCUUGUUUAUCACGGUUAAUUGGUUCUGCGAAGUAGUAUUCAAUAUUAAUACACAGAACAUUUUCAUAGUUCAAGAGUAUAGAAAACCUGCUUUAUACUUUCUCACUACAAUACCAUUAUUAGAGCCCUGUUGACAUGAAACAACACAGUAAGAGUCCCAUUUACACUCCUAUUAUUGUUUCCACCACAUUAUGAUAUGGCCAUGGCUUUAAGUAUUAGCAGGCUACAGAGCUAACUAGGUCGCCUCCAAUUUACAUACUGUAUUCUAAAAUUAAAGGGGACCUCAUACACUCAUUUUCAAGCUUUUGUGUUGAGUUUUGGAUUCCUAUAGAGCAGCGACACAUGAUAACCCACACAGAAAGCUUUCUAAAUCUUCCAGAUCUCUGCACGUCUUCCUGCAGUGUUUCCUGCAUUCUGCUGAAACUCCCGGCCCUCCUCCAGGCACGCCUUAUGCCGAGCCCAUUCUACUGUGAUUGGUCACACUCCCUCCGCAUGCUGUAUAAUCACUAUAUGCACACACAGCUUGAGCCUAGGCAUGCCCAUAUAAGGAAGUCCGGGUUAUUGAGAAUAUUUCUAAAAACAAAGUCUCAAGAAACAGGUAUUUCUUGCCAGUCGCAAAGUUUAUUGUUAUUUACAUAGACUUUCCCCUGUCAUUAAAUACCCCACCAUCCUUCUCUCCCCACCAUCAUAACCUCCCCUCCCUCCCCAUUUCCUCCCUCUCUCAAGUCACCAAUAACAGGAGAGAAAGGUCGUCGGGCAGAAAAAAACACACACACACUACUUACUUUGUGCAGCAUAUUGCUUCUUAAGACAUUUGCGAAAAAAAUCCAUAAAUUACAAAUACUACUGUUUUUUUUCCUGUUUCGGUUUUCUGUUCUGAACAGAAUCUAAAAAAAUAAAA